UUUUUUAUAUUAAUUCAUACCAAACACAACAAAAUUAGUAUUCCAACAAAUUCUAAUAAAACUUCAUGAAGAAUACAUUGAGGGACAAGAUUGCAAAGGCAUCUCAGGCAAUGGCCGUCGGAAAGACUUCACCAAUGUCAGAGAGUGGCCAAGCGCCCCAAGGACAAGUGCAGCAACCUAUUGGUAUUAUGAGGAUCCCUAAAAUCCUUGAAACUCUUAAUCGCACUGAUCCUAUAGCCCGAUUGACUAAGUUUGCUAAAGUGGAUUUCCCUAGUUAUGAUGGAAUUGACAACCUUAGGGGGUGGUUGUAUAAAUGCAAUCGUUUCUUUAAGGGUGAGAUGCAAGACCCCAUAAUCUCGUGGAAAAACUUGAGCCAAAUGGGUAGUGUGAAUGAGUAUCAGAAGGAUUUUGAAAGGAUCAGGGUUAGAGUGAAGUGUAAUGAAAAACAAGUAGUUUCUAUGUUUGUAGGAGGCCUAAAAGAGAAGUUGCAAUAUUCUGUGACUUGCUACAAUCCAAAGUCAAUUGUUGAGGCUUUUGCACUAGCCAAGCACCAGGAAUUGUUUGUCAAUUCCAUUAUCGAGAAGUUGGAGCCAUUUGAAAGAGUUCUUUGGGACUUCAAACGUAGAGCAUUGCAUUUCAAAUAUAAUGAUGAAUUCAUUAAAUUGUUGGCUGUACUAGAGCAUAUGUUUGAAAAGUUUGAAGAAGGCAAAUUGUCAGUAACCAGUCCAAAGAAGGGGCAGUAUGCAGAGGCUGUGUUUUCGUUAGAGCAAGCUUUAUUUCAGGAUAAGUUGGUUGGAGUUGGAGCUUGGAUAGAUAAACAAGUGCCGAAAGAAUUGGUUAGGCAAAAUGCUGAUUCAACAUAUUUUGGUUCUUCAUUGGAUAAUGAAUAUCAGUGCUUUCCUGUUAUGAAUUUGGAUAAGUGGCUCUUGGUUGGUGUUUAUGGGCACCAGAUACAAGCAAUUGUUAUCAAACUCUUUAACAUCUACAGAUCCUGGAGGGCCAGGAUCUUAAGGGGAGGGCAGAUGAUACAGUCCAUUUUAUAAGUGUUGAGCUGGCAAGGUUGUUAGAGUUAAUAGAGUUUGUUAAAGGAAGGUUGUUAGUCGGUUAAGCCAUAUUAAGAGACAAUUCCCUAUAAUGGUAAUAUUGAUUGAAUGAAUAUUGAACUUGGCU